UUCACUCACUGCCCUCUCUGGCACACGGGAUUCUUACGACUGAAACGCCUUACUUAGUCAUGAAGGUUUUCGUUGCAACUCUCCUGAUGGCGGUGGCCGCCGUCUCUGCCGACCGUCCCCUGAGAACGUCUGGUCCUGGCCAGAGCUACGGAGCCCCUCAGGGCAGCGCUUCCCAGAGCUACGGAGCUCCCCAGGGCAGCGCCUCUCAGAGCUACGGAGCUCCCCAGGGCAGCGCCUCCCAGAGCUACGGAGCCCCUCAGACCAGCUACGGCGCCGGCCAGGAGGAAUUCCCGCCGCAGCCGUACUCGUUCGAGUACGAGGUCAAGGACGACGAGGGCAACGACUACGGCCACAAGGAGGAGUCGGACGGCAGCCGCGUCGAGGGUGUGUACCGCGUGCUGCUGCCCGACACCCGUGUCCAGACCGUCACCUACUACGUGGAGGGCGACUCUGGUUUCGUGGCUGACGUCCAGUACGAGGGCGAGGCGCAGUUCCCCGAGGACAGCCAGAACGGCCAGUACGGCGCCGGCGCCCCCAACAACGGCUACGGCGCCCCGGCCGCUGCUGCCGCCCCCGUUGCGAGCUACAGCCAGCCGGCCGCCCCCAGCGGUGGCUACGGCGCCCCCAACGGUGGCGCCCGCACCCCCUCCACCGGAUACGGAUUCUAAAAAGCGACAUCACCUGCUGUUUUUUUACAGUCUACGAUAAUUUUGUUGCCUCAUGCGUGAUAAAUGAUCUGCGUCAAGCGUCGCUAGCCGAAAAUAGGUGCCAGUACUUAGAUAGCGGAGGGAUCCUUUGAGAAAUAAAAUAUAUUUAUUACCACUAAAA